GUCGUCACUUUCGAAAUUCAUUUUGGGUUUAGUAUCACGCAGUGUUAUAAGCACCUCGGUGAAGAUGAGCAAAAGCAUUCCAGAUCGGUGGAUACCGUACAAGGCAUGUGGCAAAGUUAUUGAAGGAACAAGGAUUGUGUGUUUCAAGGUUCCUCUCAGGAAGGGUGUCCAGGUACACAACAAGGCUAUAGAAGAAAUAUGGGACAUCCAAACUCUACUGACCACUUUGCCGAAUUUGGGAGGUGUAGUGGACCUUACCAACACGGCGCGCUAUUACAACCCAGCGGAGUUGCGAGAAGCCGGCGUUCUGCACAAGAAAAUUUUAAUGCCUGGCAGAGUUAUACCACCAGAGAACAAAGUGACACAAUUUAUGGAUACCAUCGACGAGUUCUUGGGAAAAGACUGCGACACCCUGAUCGGCGUACACUGCACGCAUGGUCUCAACAGGACCGGCUACAUGGUGUGUCGGUAUAUGCGCGACCGUCUCGGGAUACAGGCCGACGACGCCAUCAGCAGGUUUGAAAAGGCCAGAGGUUACAAGAUAGAACGUGAAAACUAUGUAGCAGAUAUUUUAGGUAAGAAGGCGCCUCCUCCUGAUGUCGGCAAGCAAGAUACUAAGAUAAAAUCACUUGACAACAACGCGCAAGAGGAUGAUGACUCCAAACCAAGACAUAAUAAUCGAUGGGAGUUUAAAAGUCGGUCUACAAGGCAUGAUAAUUGGCGUAGUCGUGACAAUCGUUCGGGUAAUGAUAAUGAUUCGGGGUAUAGGAGUCGCUGGGAUAAUGACAACCAGUCGGGGAAUGGCAAUCGAUGGGCUAAUGACAACCGGCCGAGAAAUGGUAAUCGAUGGGGUAAUGACAACCGUCCAGAAAUGGUAAUCGAUGGGAUAGUAACGACCAAGCAAGAUCUGGCAACCGUUGGGGUAAUGGCAAUCAACCGAGGUAUGACAAUAGGUCGGGUCAUGAUGACUUAGGUGACACUAAUCAAUCGGAAACUAAUAAUGUAUAUGAUAAACAAUCUGUACAAUAUAGGUCACCUCUAGCUCAAAGUGAAGAUACGGAACACCAAGGCGGAGAACAAUAUAAUGGGUACAGAAAUCGUUAUAAAUAUGACCCUUUCAGUCGCAAUCGAAGAGGACCCAGAAGUAAUGAUGAUAGCACAGGUAGUAGUAGUAAAUGGGAUAUGUCGGGGGUGUCGCAUGUACCUCGUUAGCUUAUAAGUGUAAAAGUUUGCCUAGACUCCAAUUUCACGGAUUUCACCAUGAUGACAGGUUUCACUUAACACUGACAAUGUACAUACAUUUCUGAAAAUGAUGGCACCCAGCGUAAAUAUUGUAUGACCAGCUAUAAAAUUUACGGCACAUUAUUAGUGUCAUUUUGACAAUGGUCACACUGUUCUUCGGUAUCCAUAUUUUGUGAACUAAAAUGGCAACAUUAUGCAUAAGUUUGUAAUUGCCAAUUUAAUUAUAGUAGGUAAUAUGAUCUAAACAAAAUA